UUUUAUACCUAGGUAGGUACUUCUGUACUUUCCGUGCUUCUGUACUCCUUACGGGUACCAAUCUUAGGGGCCAGCCAACUCUUUCUUUGUUCCCCCAGCUCUUCCCAUAGUCUUUCCUUCACGUCUUUUUUUCGCUUCGACGAAUCCACCAUCCACGUCCUGACGUUGCGCUCUCUUCGUCGCCCCUUUCAACUUCUUUAGUGUGUAUUCCUUUGUUCUUGACGUCGCCUUUUGGUAUUCUUGUGUAAGUAACGCUCGCCCUUCUACUACUUGUUGUCAAACUUGUCUCGAUUGAAAACCCCCGAUUCCGAUACGGACGAAUUGGAAAUUGGCUAGCUCCCUCCUUGCAUUCCUCCCUCCCUUCCGAUAGGGGGCUAUGGACCCGCGAGACGCGAACAAGAUAGCAAUUCCACCCACUCCGACAGGAAAGAAAAUUCAAUCGGCAAUGAGACAUGCCUCUUAGCCGCAGCUGUUUUUACUGACUUGGGCCAUGUCUUCAAUAGAGAUUUACGAUUCUCGGACUUCGGGAGGCGCUGCAAGUGGCCCAGUCACACAGCCACAAGCUUUAGGACUAGAACCCCGACCCAGGACGGAUUCCAUCUCUUCUUCCAUCACCGCCAUCAAGAUGCCUCAAUACACCUCCCGAGACGUUGGCGACCCGUCGCAAAUCAAGAAAAACAAGCAAUCCAUGGCCGAUCUGAAGCUGCGACGAUUGACCGAGCUGAACAGCAGGCUGCGAGAAGACUUGGAGAGAGAACGAAUUCCCGUGUCGCAGGCAUCUAGGAGUAUCAUCGCGUAUUGUAAUAGCACGAGAGAUUACAUGGUACCGUCAGUAUGGGGAGCCGUUCCACGAGGAGAGGAUCCAUACGCGCCUCCGCAAAAUGGUGGAUGCUGCUUGGUCAUGUAGAGCGGGACACCACAAGCGAACAAGACCGACUAGAGACGCG